UCAAAAUUGUUCAUGUGGUGUAGAAAUGAAUGUUCCAUAACCUCUCAAUUUUUUUCUUUACACUCAACCAAAAAAAUUUAAUCUCAAGAACAAGAAAAUGCUGAAAUUGAUGUUGGCUUGUUGCAAAGUGUACAUAUCAGAAAGCAGAAACAGGGGAGCUCUUGAAUCAAUUGAAAAAGCUGCUAAAUUGUUUCCAGAAUCCCCCAUUAUCAACAAAUUUGAAGAUGAGAUUUACAACAGAGUUGGAUAUACCCUUGUUUCCAAAAUUUCUCCCAAUUCUUCAUCUGGGUCAUGUUCUUUGACCUUAAAGAAUGCAUCUUUUGCUAUGGUGAAAGCUGCAUUUGAGACAAUUGAUCUCCAAGAACAUUGUGGGACUCAUCCUAGGCUUGGGGUUGUGGACCAUAUCUGUUUUCAUCCCUUGGGCACAACUUCUUUGGACAUGGUUGCUGACACUGCUAAGACUUUGGCAUUUGAAGUUGGUUCUAAUCUUAAAGUUCCAACCUUCUUAUAUGGAGCAGCACAGCAAGAGGGAAGGUCGCUUGAUUCAAUCAGAAGAGAGUUGGGAUAUUUCCAUCCUAAUUCAAGUGAGAACCAGUGGAUAGGUGGGACAAAAUUAGAGACGUUGCAACUAAAGCCUGACGAGGGUCCUCCUCACGCGACUCAAGCGAAAGGUGUUAUUACAAUUGGAGCUACAAGGUGGGUUGACAACUAUAACAUUCCAGUCUUCACAAAUGACAUAUCCAUUGUUCGUAAAAUUGCAAAGAGAGUCAGUGGCAGAGGAGGUGGACUUCCAUCAGUUCAAUCCAUGGCGUUAACUCACGGAGGUGGGACAAUUGAAGUUGCUUGCAACUUACUGGAACCUACUAUAAUUGGUGGUAACCAAGUGCAGCUUGAAGUUGAGCGACUUGCUAUGGAAGAAGGUAUUUCUGUGGGGAAAGGAUACUAUACUGAUCUCUCAGAAGAAAAAAUAAUCGAAAGUUACUUGAAACUAGUUCAACAUUCUGACUAGAGAAGCUAUAGGAAAAAAUUAUUCCAUCCGUCAUUCCUAUUUUCCUUCUCUCUUUUCGCGUAUUUUGCCAUGAUUUUUGGAGCAUUUGACCUUGAACUCUAGCCUCCAGAACUAAGCAAUAUAUGUUUGUGUGUAAAAUCUUGAAUUUUUUUUUUUUUCACAUUUGUUCAUAGCACACAAUAUUGUGCUCAUACUACAUUUCUGAAACAUUCUUAUUGUAUAUCCAACUUUUGUAAUCUUAAUGCUCAUUGUUUUAAGGAUUCUCUCCAUA